AUGACAUUGAUAAAACAGGCUGUAAGUAAUAAAAAUAAAAAUAAAGGUGUUAAUAAAUCAUUAUCAAGCAUGUCAAAAAUAAAAAAUACCGAGCUGAAAAUGAAUACACCGUCGAGGAUGUUAAUUAGAAACCGUGAUAAUAAAUUUAUAAAAAAUGACAAUAAGGUGACGGAAAAAAGAUCCGAGGAAGAAGAAAUAAUUAAUAGGGAAGAAGAGUUACUUAAUCUUGUUUCAAAUAAACAUGACGAACAUCGUGGUGAUGUAUUGAAUAUAAAUGAAACAAUAAAGUCCCAAGAGAAGACUGAUCGCUCGAGUAAUUUGCAAUCAACCCGAGUAAAUAAGAAAAUAAUGACAAGUAGGAUUCCUCGGAGAAGGCCUGUUGUUACAGCAAAUAAGCUCACGGGUUUUCAUUCGGUUACGAGAAUUGUGGUUGUCAAGAAAAAUUCAAGAAAAAUAAAAGCACCAAGUGACCCGAUUAUCCUGGUGACUGAUAAUAAGUCUGACUGUGAGCCAGUGGCUGGACUGGUUGAAAAAUUAAAUGAUUAUAAAAUUCCCGAAUCUCCUGAACUCAGUCCUUUGACCAGAAAAAUUUCCUUGUCUUCGUGUAAUAACAACAGUUACUUUGACGAUGACGCUGGUUACUUUGACGAUGACACUGACAGCGAUAUUGAUAAUGAUAAUUGCGAGGAUGAUGACACUGACGGUUAUGAUGAUGAUGAUGAUGAUGAUGAUAAUUCUGAUGAGAAUAGUUACGACCCAAGUUUACAUUGUGAAUCUUGUAUCAACUGCGCAUGUGAAUCUUGUAUUAACAAGUACAAACAACGAGCAGAAUUAUUACAUCAGCUCAAAUAUAAACAUUGGGCUUCAAAUGACGUACUGAAAAGCGCUCGGUAUCAAAGUUUAAACUCGUCAGAGGAAGAAGAAUCUUCUAUCGAGUCAAGUUCGAGCCCAGUUUUUGAAAAAAAAAUUUACAGAAAACACACCAGAGAAGUAUAUACUUCACCAAAGAGAUCCAACCAGUUACAAAACAAGAAUUGUACUUAUUCAUUCUUACACAUUGUUUUUGAUAUAAUUUUCUGGCCAAUUUUAUUCUUCAGAAAGGCCAAAUAA